CACCAUUGCACCCUAAGGCCACUGAAAACAGAAAAGAAAAACGUGUUAGCGCAAUUUCUAAAUCUCCACAGUCUGGAGAGCUUUAAGAGCUGCAACCGUCCAGGAGAGGUGGUAGUGUUUCAAGCGUGCUGCCCAGAUAACUCGGUGGAAUAAAAUCGGGGAGUUGAGCAGACUAGAAAAAACGUGACUUUUCAGUCUUAAGGGGGCGUGUCCACUUCAGGAAGGGAGUUAAAGCAAAAAGAGAACCGAGGAGAUAAGCGAAGGAGAGGGAACGUAAAGAAUCAUGGAAUGUGGGUGCGGUGGGUGGGAAACGGAUUCCAGCACACCAAAAGAGCAGAUAAACGAGUUGAGCAGAAUUCGGAGGCAUCCGGCGGGCACUAGACCCGCGACCCUGCAGGAAGUGGGAAGAGCGAGCGGGCACUACAAGUCCCAGAAGGCCCCGCUUCCUGGAGCCCGCGCGGUGCCGCGCAACGCCCGCUGGGAACCGGCCCGAGCCGCCAAGAUGUCGCAGCCCAAGAAAAGAAAGCUUGAGUCGGGGGGCGGCGGCGGAGGAGGGGAGGGAACUGAAGAGGAAGAUGGCGGAGAGCAGGAGGCGGCCGUGCCGCGACCCCGGAGGACCAGAAGGGAGCGGGACCGGCUGUACUACGAGUGCUACUCGGACGUCUCGGUCCACGAGGAGAUGAUUGCGGACCGCGUCCGCACCGAUGCCUACCGUCUGGGCAUCUUGCGGAACAGGGCAGCGCUGCGGGGCAAGACGGUGCUGGACGUGGGCGCGGGCACCGGCAUUCUUAGCAUCUUCUGCGCCCAGGCCGGGGCCCGGUGCGUGUAUGCGGUGGAGGCCAGCGCCAUCUGGCAACAGGCCCGGGAGGUGGUGCGGCUCAACGGGCUGGAGGACCGGGUGCACGUCCUGCCGGGGCCAGUGGAGACGGUGGAGUUACCGGAGCAGGUGGAUGCCAUCGUGAGCGAGUGGAUGGGCUACGGACUCCUGCACGAGUCUAUGCUGAGCUCUGUGCUCCACGCGCGGACCAAGUGGCUGAAGGAGGGCGGUCUUCUCCUACCGGCCUCCGCGGAGCUCUUCGUGGCGCCCAUCAGCGACCAGAUGCUGGAGUUGCGCCUAGACUUCUGGAGCCAGGUGAAGCAGCUCUACGGCGUGGACAUGAGCUGCCUGGAGGGCUUCGCCACGCGCUGCCUCAUGGGCCACUCGGAAAUCGUGGUGCAGGGCCUGUCGGGCGAGGAUGUGCUGGCCCGGCCGCAGCGCUUUGCUCAACUGGAGCUGGCCCGCGCCGGCCUGGAGCAGGAGCUGGAGGCCGGGGUGGGCGGGCGCUUCCGCUUCAGCUGCUAUGGCUCGGCGCCCUUGCAUGGCUUUGCCAUCUGGUUCCAGGUGACCUUCCCCGGAGGGGACUCGGAGAAGCCCCUGGUGCUGUCCACCUCGCCUUUUCACCCGGUCACGCACUGGAAGCAGGCACUCCUCUACCUGAACGAGCCUGUGCAGGUGGAGCAGGAUACGGACAUUUCCGGGGAGAUCACGCUGCUGCCCUCCCGGGACAACCACCGGCUCCUGCGCGUGCUGCUGCGCUACAAAGUGGGCGACCAGGAGGAAAAGACCAAAGACUUUGCCAUGGAGGACUGAAUGUUGCCUUUUCUCCCAGCUACCUCCCGAGGCGGCCAGACCUGCGUGGGAGAGGCGGGGGGCGGGGGGGUCGAAGGGGACAGGGAGAUCCCACGUGCAAGUAGGGGGAAAUAUCCUCUGUCUCCCUUAUUCCCUCGUGGCUCCUGGGGAGGGAGAGUGACUUCAGCCUCCCUUCGAGGAGCUUCUCCUGGCGGUAUUUAAUUAAAAAGUAAUCCCGAUCUCCCCCAAGACGGAAACAGCGUGUUUAUUAAUGGGCUUUUAAGUCUCAAAAGCGUGUGGUACCAAGCACUUGUAUUUCUAUUUCUUUUGUUUCACGGAAGAAAAUUUCAGUGUGUGAAGGCUCCAUGUACAUCCCUGACACCUCACACCUUAGCCAAAGCUGAAACCAGGGAGAAGGGUAAAAGGGUUUAGUUAGACUCCAUAAAUUUCCAAUAUGACUUGAAUAUCUCUCCAGAGCCAUAUUCUCUCCUUUGAAUGCCCUCCCUUCCCAGGUGCCUCUAGGCUGCUGCUUCCUCACUGUUUUUAAAAAAAACCUUACUGCUGAUAUGAGAGGGAGGAGGAUGAGGAAGCAAUUUGUUCUCGUUACACUUACUGCUUCUGUAGGGUGCUUAAGUUGGUGAACACAUUAUUCCAUUGAGUAAUAAAGAUUUUGUAUAUAAUUAUACAACAUACCUAAGAAAUCUAGAAAGUGUAUUAAGGAGAAAAAGACCUGAAAGACAGUGAAGUAGUAUGAAUUUUUUAUUCUUAUCUUUAUUAAGGUUUAACCAAGAAAAUGUUUCAUGUAUGUUCCAUAAUAAAUUUUUGUGUGGUUCUUAUGAAACAGAUAGAAGAGGCUUCUGAACCUGACCCAAGGGCUUAUUCAUCGCCACGGGUAAAUUAUUUAAGCUCACUAAAUUAAGGAAAAUAUUUUCCCAGCUGGAAAAAUACACUCAUUCUCAUUUAAACUCCCUCAUUUAGAGGAAUCAUGUGACUUGGCCUAUUUACAUCAAGUGGAAGUUCCUUUUUUAGUGUUGAGUGUGUUGUUUUUUUUCUUUUUCCCUCAGCCAAUAUGAAAGUUAUGAAUUUAGGAAAAUCAUUUGUAAUGACGUGUGAGUCAUGUUAUCAAAUUUAUUUCACUGACGUUUCUCUCCUUAUCCCCGUGGCAAAUAAAACAUUGGCAUUCUCUCUAUUUUUAUA